AAGACUUUGUCCAUACGUUUUGAAUAUCAUAUUUGAAAACUUCAAAAUGGUUUGGCGCUGCGUUAUCUGCCUUAUCUUUGUCACGUUUUCAUUGAAACUCUUAUUAAGCUACAUAAAUCGAAUGCACAGCCGCAGCCCUGACUUCAGGUUGCUUUGUGGUAUUGACGGAUGUACAGAGGAAUAUCAAGUGUAUAACUCAUUCUUUCAUCACGUAAAGAGAAGACACUCCCAGCAUCUUGUUGAAAGCACCAGACCAGCAGGUGAACGGCCGCACGAGGAAAGUCAAGGACUGCUGCAGCAACAACAAAACAUUCAACCUGAACAACAUCCUCAGGAUUCCAGCAUCAGCAGUCAACAGCUCUGUACAGCUGACACAGAUGAAGGGCAAAUGGAUAGUAACCAAGACAGAGGUGGCACCGUUCAACCAGAUCUGACAACACAGGCCACAGCCUUUGUGAUAAAUGCACGGGUCAAACAUCGCCUCUCACAGAAAGGCAUGAAUGACAUUAUUGCUGGUGUACAGCAGUAUCAGACAUCACUUGUGGGCAACCUCAGGAGCCAGUUGGAGCAGGUUUUAAAGAAGCACUCGGGGAGCACAUCAGGACACCUUCAAAACGAAGUAACGGAUGUCUUUGACAGUUUUGUGGACCCAUUCGCGAGUGUUGCAACAUCAUUUUGACAGAACAGAAUUAUGAAGAAGCAGUUAAGCAUUUUGGAUGCAGAGGAAAUUCUAAUUACUUCAACUAUACGGAAGAGGACACAUGGAGCAUCAAAAGACUUUUCAAUUAAAGACAAAGUCUUUCAUUACAUUCCAUUAGUCAAAAGUCUAGAGCAAUUUUUAUCACACACGAAGAUAUUCUCUAUGAUUGAAAAGGGUCCACAGAGGUGCAGGGAAGGUUUUUUUCAGGACAUUGUUGAUGGUUCCCUUUUAAAAUUGCAUCCCUUAUUUUCAGAGAUACCAAAUGCAUUGCAGAUUGUACUGUACACCGAUGAAAUAGAGGUCUGUAAUCCACUAGGACCAUUUGCAUCAAAACAUAAGCUGUUGAUGGUGUAUUACACCUUAGCAAACAUAAAUCCAAAAUAUAGGUCUAAACUUGCUGCUAUUAGGUUGCUUGCCAUGGCUAAGUCUGUAGACCUCCGUCAAUGUGUUGUUGAUGUAAUAUUGAACAGAGUCAAGGAAGAUAUGGAUGCAUUGUACAAUGGUGUUAAAAUGCAAACUGGUAAUGGGCCUAAAACUAUUUAUGGUGCCAUUGUUUCUGUCUGUGGAGACACUCUGGCCCAGCAUGAACUGGCAGGGUUCAAGGAGGGUGUUGGCUUUGCCUAUAGUAAAUGCAGACACUGUGAGUGUUAUUUUGAGGACAUGCAGUCACACUUCAAUGAAGAUGCAUUUACUAAAAGGACUUUAAAGAGGCAUAUCAGACAGUCUAAUGAAAUAGAAAAGGCAGAUACAGACAUGCUUCGCAACAGCCUGAGAACAACAUAUGGGAUCAAUCGAAGGAGCAAAUUAGUUGAAUUCCCUGCUUUUGAUAUCAUACAACAAACUCCACAAGACAUUAUGCAUGUAAUUCUGGAAGGUACAGCUCCUUUGGAAAUCAAGGGUGUGUUACAUCAUCUUGUUCAGUCAGGACUGAUAGAUGUAGACUCUGUGAACUCUGCUAUUUUGGGUUUCCCUUAUUCUCCCUUAUUAGAGACCGGCCAUCCCCAAUUUCACUGAGUACGUUAAUGUCAAGUGAUGGUAAAUUAAAACAGUCAUCUGGGCAAAUUCUCAUCUUGCUCAGGAUAUUACCAUUUGUUUUGGAGCGUGUAGAAGACAAUGCAUAUGUACAUUUGAUACGUGAGCUUAUAGAGAUUGUGCACAUAGUGUUUGCACCUGUUCUGACCAUUGCAACUGUUUCUAGAUUGAAGUCUCUAAUUGAAAAUCACAUGAAGAAUUGGAGAAACCUUUUCCCAGAAAACAAUAUUACACCUAAACAGCAUUAUCUGAUACAUUUGCCAUCACAGAUAAGAUUAUUGGGUCCAAUGGUUAGACAUAUGUGUAUGCGGUUUGAAUCUAAACAUUGCCUCUUUAAACAAUGGGCUUCAAAACUCAAUUUUAAAAAUAUUUGCAAGUCUUUGGUUAAUUAUAACCAAAUAUAUGAAAGCUGCCAAAAUGUUGACCCUUCAAUACAUCAAAUAUUUUCAAAUGAAAGAGAGAUGGGACCUGUGUCUGAGGUUAAAGAUCUACAGUAUUUACAAGGAAAACUGAGAGACUUCCUUGGUUAUGAUAAAGUAAACCAUGCUGUAUCAGUCAAAUGGCUUGUGAUAAAUGGUAAUAAAUACAUAAUUCAGAAGUCAAUGAUCCUUGCAAACAUAGUGGAUGGUAGUAUGCCAGAAUUUGGAUUAGUCAAAAACAUAUAUCUUGUUGAUUAUCUCCUUUAUUGUUUGGAAUACCGACCAUUUCAAACGAUACACUUUGAUAGACAUGUCAUGGCAUAUCAAGUUGAGGUCCCACACCUUGCAAAGGCUACUGAGUUAGUGGAUGCUGAAAAGCUGGUGGAUUUUACCUCUUAUUACACAAUCAGCAGCAAGAGUCAAACCUUUGUACAGGUGAAAUACCAUAUUGGGGAUGUAAUAGAAUUAUACAACAGUGAGAAAUAACUCAGUGCUGCUAAGAUAUUAAAUGACCUGCUUUUAAAGCUGCCUUGUAAUUUUGAAGAAUUUAACUGAAUGUGCAUGAACUAUUUAUGUUCAAAAUUGUUUGAAAUGUCACAUGUUAAAUGUUUGAAUAUUAACUUCAAGUUUACUGUACU